AUGGCAUUACGUACAUUGAGCGCUGUUGAUUAUGUUCUUCUUAUUAUGCUUCUUCUAUCAUCGGCUGUGAUUGGUGCUAUAUUUGGUUUUUUUAAAUCAAAAAAGAGUUCAGCUAAAGAAUUUCUUCUAGCUGACGGUGGUAUGGGAGUAUUUCCAACAGCUCUUAGUAUUAUGGUUUCGUUUCUCUCAGCUAUUACGUUAUUAGGAACACCGAGUGAAGUCUAUAUAUACGGAACUAUGUAUUGCUAUCAAGCUAUAUCAUGGACAAUAGCUUCAACAAUAACAGCAUUAGUAUUCAUGCCUAAAUUUCGUGAACUGAAUUGUACAAGUGCUUAUGAAUAUUUAGAAAAACGUUUUGAUCGUUCAGUACGCAUGUGUGCUUCAUUUGCAUUUUCAUUCUUUAUGUUAAUAUAUAUGGCAAUUGUUUUAUAUGCUCCUGCAUUAGCACUAAGUCAAACAACUGGUUUGAAUAUUUGGCUUUCUGUCGUUUCGAUCGGUGUAAUUUGUACAUUUUAUUCAUCAGUGGGUGGUAUGAAAGCAGUCAUUUGGACGGAUGUUUUACAAGCAAUAGUUAUUAUUGUCGGUCUUCUUGCUGCUAUUAUACGAGGUUUUAUAGUACUUGGUGGUGUUGGGCCAGUAUUUUCAAUAGCAUUAAAAGGUGGUAGAAUUCAACUCGAUAGGUAUUGUAUUAGAGAAUAUAUUUUUUACAUUUGA